AUGAGCAGCGACAGGCCGGACGGGGUCGGCGUCGACACUUUCUCCACCACCGUCCACACGGUGGGCGUGGACCAUGGCGGCGUGGACCAUGGCGGCGUGGACCACGACGGCGUGGACCACGGCGGCGUGGACCACGACGGCGGACGCCUGCGCUUCAUGCAGAAGGACGGCCGGUUCCCGGUGGUCUUCCACAAGGUGCCCAGGGACUGGAGCCCCUACUUGACGGACAUCUUCACCACUCUGGUGGAGAUCCGCUGGAGGGUGAUGCUCCUGGUCUUCUCCCUGUCCUACAUCGUCUCCUGGCUCUUUUUCGGCCUGUGCUACUGGCUGAUCGCGUGGAUACACGGCGACGACGACCAGGCGGCCGGCGACCCCUGCGUGGUGAACGUCUACGAUUUCACCUCGGCGUUUCUUUUCUCCAUGGAGACCCAGGCGACCAUCGGUUACGGUUCCAGGGGCAUGACGGAGACCUGCGUGGGGGCGGUCGUCGUGGUGACGGCUCAGGACGUCUUCAGCUGCCUGCUGGACACGGUCGUCAUCGGCAUCGUCGUCGCCAAAAUGGCGUCGGCUCGUAAGAGGGCUCAGACGGUCGGCUUCAGCAGGUUGGCGGUGGUCAACCUGCGGGACGGCGUGCUGUGCCUGUCCUGGCGCAUCGGGGACUUCAGGGGUAAUCACAUCUUGGAAGGUGUCGCCCGGGCUCAGCUGGUGCGAUACUCCAAACAAUCUCAAGGACCCGUGGUGAUAUCGUAUCAGGACCUGGACAUCCAUAACCGUGAUUUGGUCCUCGCCACGCCCGCCACGGUUUUGCACAAGCUCCACCCAAGCAGCCCGCUUUACACCCUGACCCCUGACGACCUCUCAGGGGAGGACUUUGAGCUGGUGGUGUCCUUCACCUACACGGGCGACUCCACGGGCAUGCUCCAUCAGACGCGGACCUCCUACACGCCGGCGGACAUUCACUGGGGACAACGUUUCCAGGACAUGCUGAAAGUGGGGAGUAAGCACUACAAGGUGGACUACGCCCUAUUUAACGAGACCACCUGGGUGACGACCCCCUCGCUCAGCGCGGCGCAGUACGACAGGGGGAGGAGUCAGCCGGGCCUCUCGCCCGCCACGCUGGUCAAGAGGGAGCGCCGCUAUACAGAAGAGGUGACCCAGCAAACACACUUCUAGUUAACAUGUGAAUGUAAAUAUAUUUAUUAUAUAUUGUUAUGCUCGGAAUUGUCGAAAUGAAUUGUACAAGUGUAACUUUAAUGCAAUAAAAGUACUUUUCUAU